AUGCGUAUGAACCCAGCCCAAGAACAAGAGCAGCAAUCGGCUUUGCAACUCUAUGGACUCGAUCUAACUGCUUUGGCGGAAACGGGCAAGCUGGACCCUGUCAUUGGCAGAGAUGAAGAAAUCAGACGAACUCUUGAAGGAUUGGCACGACGAACAAAGAACAACCCAGUGUUGAUCGGAGAAGCAGGUGUGGGUAAAACUGCCAUUGCAGAGGGCCUUGCCCAGCGUAUCGUGGCAAAUGAAGUCCCCGAAUCUAUCCAGGGAAGACGUGUUAUUACACUUGAUCUUGGUAGUCUUGUAGCUGGUGCAAAGUAUCGCGGAGAAUUUGAAGAUCGUCUCAAGGCUGUUCUUAAAGAAGUUACAGAAGCAAACGGAAAGAUCAUUCUUUUUAUUGAUGAAAUCCACAACUUGCUUGGACUUGGAAAGUCAGAGGGUACAAUGGAUGCCGGUAACCUGCUUAAGCCAGCACUUGCUAGAGGACAGCUGCGAUGUGUUGGUGCUACUACCAUUGAUGAGUACAGAAAGUAUAUCAUGAAGGAUCCAGCAUUAGCAAGACGUUUUCAGCAGGUUCUUGUUGAGGAACCGACAGUUCAAGAUACAAUUUCAAUUUUGAGAGGCCUCAAGGAGCGUUAUGAGAUUCAUCAUGGUGUGAGAAUUGCUGACUCGGCACUGGUGUCUGCAGCCAUCAACUCCCACCGCUAUAUUACAGAAAGAUUCUUGCCUGAUAAAGCCAUUGAUCUUGUAGAUGAAGCAUGUUCCAAAUUAAGGCUUCAGCAAGAGAGCAAACCCGAGGUCCUUGAGAACCUUGAUCGUCAGAUAAUGACUACUCAGAUUGAACUCGAAUCUCUCCGAAAAGAGUCUGAUGCAGCAUCCGUAGAGCGAAGAAAUAAGCUUCAAUCUGAACUUGAAGAAAAACAAAAAGAAAGUCAGAGAUUGUCGGCUAUCUGGAACGAAGAGCGCCAAAAACUAGAAGGAAUUCAAAAAAUCAAAGAAGAUCUUGAGAAAGCUCGUGUUGAGCUGGACUUGGCCCAAAGAUCUGGAAACUUCCAGAAAGCGUCUGAGCUGCGUUACGGGACCAUUCCUACUCUGGAGAAGAAACUUCCAAAGGAAAACCUCGAUGAAGAUAAUCCAGACGCAUUUAUUCACGAGAGAGUUACAGCUGAUGAUAUUGCUCGUGUUGUUGCCCGUAUGACGGGUAUUCCUGUGCGUAACUUGAUGAAAGGCGAGAGAGAAAAGCUUUUGCACAUGGAGGAUGUGUUGAAGGAGCGCGUUGUUGGCCAGACUGAAGCUAUAUCUGCUGUAUCUGAUGCUGUACGACUCAGUAGAGCAGGUCUCCAGAACCCUUCUAGACCAAUUGCAUCGUUUAUGUUUCUAGGUCCAACUGGCGUCGGAAAAACCGAGCUCUGCAAAACCAUUGCUGAUUUCUUGUUUGAUACUGAAAAUGCUAUUGUGCGAAUCGACAUGUCAGAAUACAUGGAGAAAUUCUCGGUCAGCCGUUUGAUUGGAUCUCCUCCAGGUUAUGUUGGUCAUGAGGAAGGUGGUGAACUUACCGAAGCCGUGAGAAGACGCCCUUAUGCAGUUGUACUUCUUGAUGAAAUGGAGAAGGCUCACAGAGAUGUCUCGAACAUUCUUCUCCAAGUCUUGGAUGAUGGUAUUCUCACCGAUAGCAAGGGACAAAAGAUUGAUUUCAAGAAUACGAUCAUUAUUAUGACAUCCAAUUUGGGUGCUGAAGCAUUAGUAUCCGAUGCAUCGAGUGACACCACUGUCAGCACAAGAGCGAGAAGUAGUGUUAUGGAUGCUGUGCGUCACAAUUUUGCUCCUGAAUUUAUUAACCGUAUCGAUGAGAUGGUUAUCUUUAACCGACUCACCAAACCGGCUCUUCGUGACAUUGUAGAUGUCAGACUGAAGGAAGUAGAGGAACGUACCAAGGACCGGAAUAUCAAGUUAGAUGUGGAUAUGGCAGCGCGUGACUGGCUUGGUGAGCACGGCUACGAUCCUGCGUAUGGUGCUCGUCCUUUGAACCGUCUGAUUCAAAAGUCCCUCCUUAAUCCACUUGCCCAUCUUCUUAUUGAUGGUGGUGUGCGUACUGGCGAAAAGGCAAAGGUGACUGUCCAUCAGACAGAGUCGGGUGAGACUCAAUUGGAUAUCCAGCGUAACCAUCCUCCUGGAGAAUUGAGUCCAAAUGAAGAGAAGAAUUUGAAAAACAAAAUAGCACCUGUAGGCGAUGAAGAACUCGAUUAG